CUGUGGUCAUGCAUACGCGCGAGCACAGUAUAUUAAUAAUUCCUUUAAAAUAAAGAAUUUAAUAAAACUAAAAAUUAUGAUAAAACUUAAACAAAAUGGUGAAUUAUGAAUACGAAGAUCGUAAAUAAUGACAUCGAUAAUGUCUGAUAACGAUUCUACGCAUAAUAUUUCUUUGGAAAAACAAAAUGAAAAGUGCUUGGACCGAUUGCUGACGCCUAUUUUUCGUGUAAACUCGGAAGAAUCAUUGGCUCGUAAUCGAAAAUUUUUAAAGGAUCUGGAACUUGCAAAAGCACGUUUGCGAACUUACGCUGCGUAUACUCCAACUGAUCGAGAAUUACAACAACGUGCAACGGAAUAUCGCAAAUAUCUCCAGAAGAAGGCAAAAAUACCACACAAGCAGCAAACAAGAUAUGUGCUGUUAAGCUGUUGAGCGGAAAAGAUCUUGAGGAAAGCGGAAUGAAUCACCUUUAGCCACCCCAAAAGCCGGUCUUCAUCCGAAGAGUCAUGCUCUGUGUCUGAUGGGAUUGGAAAGGUAUUCUGUGUUACGAGCUUCUACCAAACAAUCAGACAAUAAAUUCGGAAAAGUAUUGCUCGCAAUAUGACGAACUAAAAACAGCAAUUGGACAGAAAUGACCAGAACUAGCGAAUCGGAAGGACGUCAUGUUUUAUCAGGACAAUGCGCGGCGUCAUGUGUCUUUGACUACUUGACAAAAGCUAUUGGAGCUUGGUUGAGAUGUGUUAUCCCACCCAUCGUAUUCACCAGACAUUGCACCCUCAGCUUUUCACCUAUUUAGGUCAUUACAAAAUUCCCUUAAUGGCAAAAACUUUAACUCUUCGAUCGACAUAAAAAAUCAUAUUGAAAAAUUUUUAGCCAAAAAACCUGAGAGAUUCUGUAAGGAUGGAAUAUUCAAGUUGCAUGGAAGAUGGGGAAAAGUUGUGGAAGAAAAUGGCAUCUAUAUAAUUUAAUAAAUGUAUAUCGAAAUUUAAA